AAUGAAUACCUAUAUGAGGGUGUUGAUGCAAGAGUUAUAGAAUAUGAGGACAACAGGCCCCUCUUAGAUAUGUUCCUGCAGAAACCUAUGGGUUUAUUGUCCCUGCUGGAUGAAGAAAGUCGAUUCCCACAAGCAACAGAUCAGACACUUGUAGAAAAAUUCGAAGAUAAUUUGAAGUCAAAAUAUUUUUGGAGACCCAAAAGAGUAGAUCUAACCUUUGGGAUUUAUCAUUAUGCAGGAAAGGUUCUAUAUAAUGCAAGUGGAUUCCUAGCCAAAAAUAGAGAUACCCUGCCAGCUGAUAUUGUACUGCUACUGCGAUCAUCUGAAAACAAUCUGACGCGACAGUUGGUAACCCAUCCUCUUACAAAAACAGGUAACCUGGCACACACUAAAAGCAAAACUACAAUCAGUUACCAAAUGUGGACCCCCCAGAAAUCAAUCAGUCAUACAAAGAAUGAAGCAGGAGAUACUGGACAUCAUCCAAGAGAGACAACCAGCAUGAAAACACAGACAGUUGCUUCUUAUUUUAGAUAUUCGCUGAUGGAUUUGUUAUCCAAAAUGGUCGUCGGCCAGCCUCAUUUUGUCAGGUGCAUCAAGCCAAACAACGACCGGCAGGCAAACAAGUUUGAUAAAGAAAAAGUUUUGGUUCAACUGCGUUACACGGGAAUUCUGGAGACAGCGAGAAUUCGAAGACAGGGUUAUUCACACCGUAUACUGUUCGCCAACUUCAUAAAACGGUAUUACCUCAUCUGUUACAAAACAAAUGAUGAUCCUCCAGUCAGUCCCGAAACCUGUGCUGCCAUCUUGGAAAAAGCCCACCUUGACAACUGGGUUCUUGGGAAAACAAAAGUAUUCCUCAAAUACUAUCACGUGGAACAGCUAAAUUUAAUGCGGAAGGAGACAGUUGACAUGAUUAUUUUGAUUCAAGCUUGUGUAAGAGGAUGGCUGGGUUCAAGGAGAUACAAAAAGAUAAAGGAACAAAGGGAACAAAGUGCUAUUAAAAUACAGUCAGUUGCCAGAGGAUACUUACUCAGGAAGAAGAGAAAAGAACUAACUGAGACAAGAAACAAAGCAGCAAUAACAAUUCAGUCUCACUACAGGGGAUAUAAAGAAAGGAAGAUCUUCGAAAGGAGGAGGGAAUCACUUAGAAAGAAACAAACGGAAAAUGUGGCAUCCAUUAGUGAGAAGGAAAGGGAUGAAGACUUUCAAGAUAAUGAGGAAAGUCCAGCUGGAGUGAAGAGUGCCCUUCCUAAAACAGAAGAAGAAGCAGUUGUCAUUGUUCAGAGCCAUUACAGAGGCUACAGAGUACGUAAAAAAAUAAAGGAACAGCACAAAAAAAUAGCAGAGGAAGAAUUAUCUGCUGUGGAAUUCCUUGAAGCACAACUGCAGCCAGCUCAAAGUGAUACAUUGGAAGAAGCAGCAAACGAGGAGACUCAAGGUGAAACUAAUGAUGCUACUGAUAGCGAGUGCUCUGGGUACAGUGACACAAGGAAUGUACGAGAGCAACAGAAAACAUCUACUGAAGGAGAGGGAGAUUCUGUGAAGCAGAACCCUGCAGUAGAACAUGGUGAGGGUGAAGAACAGGCCCCUUUGGAAGAGUUGUCCAGCAAAUCUGUCAAAAUCACAGCUGAACCUAGUCCCCAGCAGGAGCACGAUAAUCAAGACACAGUCAGUGCAGAUGGACAAAAUCAAGAAUCUGCUGUGGUCCAGCCCAGGACUGACAAGGAUGUGGAAAGAAACCGCCUGAAACAUGAAGCAGUGAUGCCUACAGGAUGUAAAGGCAUUAUAAGAAAAGAGUCAAUAAGAGGCUCACGGAAGCAAGUUGAGGUGGUAAAACAAGGUUCAGAAGACAAAGAGAAGGCAGCAGUGGUUAUUCAGAGCAGUUUCCGGGGUUACAGAAGGAGGGGACAACUCAGAAAAGAAGGGAAACUACCUUGCAAAAGUCAAGAGAAAACUAUAAAGGAGACAACAGAAACAGUAUACAUUCAAAAUAAUGAUCCCCAGAACACAAAAGAUAGGGAAAGCACCAGUAUGGAGGCUGAGGACUCCAAGACACUGAAGGGAGACUCAGAGAAAGAGGCUUGUGAUUUGGCAGCCUUCUCACGGCAGAUAUCAAAAUUAUCUGAAGACUACUUAGCAUUGCAGCAAAAAUUGAAUGAAAUGAUAUUGUCACAUCAGUUGAGACCCGUGAUGCUGUCCAAAGAUAAGCAAGCUAGUGGUCGACUUUCUACUCAUGUUUGUCAGUCAGUUGCGGCCAAAGUAGAAGACUCUCGCCCAAUGCAGAGACCUCCAAGGAGACCACGGAAGCCCAAGACAUUAAAUAAUCCAGAAGACUCCACCUACUACACUCUAAUACAUAAAUCAAUACAAGAUGAAAAAAGGAAACCAAGAAAAGAAAGUCUGAGCAAAGUGCUAGAUUUAGAUAUCUACUACCAAGAAAUUUCAUCUACUGAUUCCACCUCAAAGGACAGCAGUUCUACCACAAGAAAGAAGAGACACCCAGCUGAGCGCAGGACUUCCAUUUUAAGAGCUACUGAGCGGUCGAGGGUUGCAGAAAGCCCCCUGGAAGAGAGUAAAACCGAAGAUAAUCCCUAUGACUACAGACGACUGCUGCGGAAGACCUCUCAGCGCCGGCGCCUUAUCCAGCAGUUCUAG